AUGUUUGCUGCACUUUCCAAGCUCUGCACUUCUAGGCUAGUGCGCUCCGAAGAAGCUUCGGAAGAGGUCAGCGCGACCUCGACGCCAACCUGCACGAGGGCCGACGGGAGCGUCCCUGCCGUCCAUGCAGCCUUCUACCUCUGGUAUGGCACUCCCGAGGUGGAUGGCAAGUGGCUGCACUGGGAUCACAAGGUGCUUCCACAUUGGGACAAGGAGGUGGAUGCCAAAUAUGACAAGUUCAAUUGGAGCCCGCCAGACGAGCCCCACGCCACCUUCUAUCCUGACCGGGGUCCAUAUAGCUCAAGCGACGAGUCCAUCCUCCUGAGCCAGUUUGAGGAUCUGGCAAAGGCAGGUGUUGACUCCGCAAUGUGUUCCUGGUGGGGGCGAAAGGCCUUUCUGGUGCAGAAGGAGUCGGAUUUGCCCUUCCUUCGGCCCUGUGCAGCGGAGGACUGGGCCGGCAAGCGAGAUGAUGCUGACUCAGGCUUUUUCCUUAAGCUUUGUGAGUCUUUUGCCUCUCGUGCACGUGGCAAGUCUCAAAGCGUCUUUGGAAGUCGGCCUCAAUGCUUUGACAUGUUGCAGGCUGCAGUCCAAGCCGGCGUUUUUGUGCAGGGGGCCUUGGCUUUCUGCUUCGCUUCCCCUUGCUUCCAUGAGCUCAGAUCCUUCCACAUCGAGCCGUACGGGGGCCGAUCCCCGCAAACGCCAUGGCCUCUUUCUGCACUGCGACUCAGGAGAUGCUUCGCUGAUGUGAGGUUCUUGGAUGACCUCGCCUACAUCGUCCGCGAGUACGGGCACCACCCAGCCAUCUGGCGCGAGGUGCUGCGAAGCAACCCGGCUUCGGCAGACUCGCUUUUCGCGAAGCGCCUGGGCACCGCAAUCGAGAUGUCUGCCAAUGCCACGGAGGCACUCGAUUCCGUACGAGGCACCGAGUUGGACGGCGUGCGUUGGUUGGAAGACUCGGAGUUUCUUCUGAUCGCUUUGUGGAGUUCUGCCAGGUGCCAGGCAGCCCGGGCUGUGCAGGCAUUGGAGGAGGUCAUCGGGACCUCGACUUCGGUGGAAGAGCUGAACCGAUUCCUUCGUCUCGGCUUUGACAGCAAGAGACCGCUCGUCGCACCCAAAGCCCGCCAAGAGCAGCUGCUGUUGCUGCGAUCAAUAGUUCGGCAAUUUCACAGCCUUGGCGGGGAAGAUACUUCUGCUGCUACAGCCGCACUGAAGGAUCAGAGCUGCUGCGGCAUGCCGCAGAUGUUGGAUCGAGCCAAGCUGCUGAAAGGAAAAGACGAACACCACAACGACAAGGAGCCACUCCUCCAGCCCCGUUGA